GCCCGCCGUCCCUGGAGCUCCCGUAUUCGACCGGCCACCGAAGAAAGUUUUUCUUUCAGGUAACCGUAGGUUCUUGGCAUUGAUCUGAUCGAAUUAAGUGCAGCUCAAUCUCGUCGAAAUAAGCCGUGAUUUUUAAUCUGGGAAUCCGUGCACGUUUUGACUUCCUGUCUGAAACAGCCUGAAGAAAGAACUCUCGCUGUCGGAACCUUGCACGGCGGCGGGAUUAAUCCUCCGAUGGAGGCGACGACGAGGAAGGCGAGGAGGACGCCGUCCGGCCUGCUGUGCCGCAUCUCCGACAUCUGCAAGGUGCACUCCGUCGGCGUCGCGCCGACAGUCCGCGAGAAGAAGCCCAAGGCCGAGGCCGACAGCACCGCCACCGGCGGCGAGAGCAGCGAGGACGGCGCGCACCUGAAAGUGCACCCGCGGCUGGUGUCGUCCGACAGCAGCGAGUGCCUCUCUGAAACCUCCUCUGCCCGCUGCGAAGAGGCGGUUGUCGAUAAGCUCCUCGACGCGAUUUCUGGCCUCAAGGUGGCCUAUGUCAAUCUUCAGCAGGCUCUUAUGCCGUAUGACCCUGAAGAGAUUAUGAUCGCCGACGAGCGUUUUGCGUCGGUGCUUGAAGAGACUGCCGAGCUGAAGGAUCUGUAUGUUAAUGUGAAGGAAUGGAGCAACCCAAGGUACCCGUACCAUCUGAACUCUAGAAUUCAGGAGCAUCAGAAUUUGGUCAUGGAGUUGCAGGCUGACAUCUGCAAGAAGGACUCUCAGAUCGGUUGGCUUCGGCCGGAGUUGGACGAACUGGAAAGGAAGAACGUGGAGCUGGAAGAGAAGAUUGGUCGGAGUGCGUUGUGCAGAGAAGGAUCCUUCACAGUCAGAAGAGGGGUGUCAACUGAAAUGUUCAUGGAUCUUUACGAGCGUUCAGCGAAGUGUAUCCACGAUUUUGCUAAAUUCGUCAUUGGCUGGGCAAAAGUUUCUGGAUGGAACCUCGGCCAAUCCACAUUUCCGAUCGACAGUCAUGUUGUAUAUGAGAGAAAGGCUGACAAGAAGUAUGCUGUUGAGGCCUAUUUCGCUUGUGUGAUGCUAAUGGGGGACAGAGGGGACUAUAUAUCCCUGGAUUCAUUUGACUGUAUUAUGAGUUUCAGAGAUCCGUUUGAUGCUCUCAUGAGUGAUCCAGAUUCCAAUUUCGGGAGAUACUGUAGAGCGAAGUAUCUGCUGGCUGUGCCCCAGAGUAUGGAGAAUUCAUUCUUUGGAAAUUUGGAUCACAGAGCAUUUGUCGAGAGCGGCGGUCAUCCGAGGACACAAUUUUACCAGAAAUUUGUGAAAAUGGCAAGAUACGCAUGGGCAUUACUCGCAGUUGCUCGCUCCCUGAAUCCUAGAGCUGAAAUGUUUUAUGUCAAUAGUGGUGUUCAGUUUCGAAAGGAACAUAUGGAGAGUACGCCAGCCAAGAUGACCACGGAGGAGGAGAAGUUCAUUGUUGGGUUUACUGUCAUGCCAGGAUUUAAGGUUGGAUGCACUGUCGUCAGGUGCAGGGUUUAUUUGUCUAAGGUUAACACAGUGGACUUCUGAAUAACAAACAUUAGGAUAUAUGUAUAAACUCAGCAAAAAUGCACUACCUGAGUAGUAAAAGUACACAAAACAUAUCUGAGACACCGUUACUGCAAUGAUCGGCAGGGUAUAGAUAACGUACCAUCAACAUAUGACUUGAAGAAAUCCUUGUAAGUGCCACCAAUUUUCCUCCUAAGGGCUGCAUACUGAAUUGCAAAUCCAACCAGAAAUGCAUCAGCAAUAAGGAAAAUUUCAGAACCUGCUGUGCAUUGGUGACUCGAUAUCUGUAUACCUGUUCCCUUGUCAUCCUUCCUUCCUCUUUGAUGGAAUCCCUGGCUUCAUACAGCAGCUCCGCAUCCUUCUCUGACCGAACUUGGGAGAAGUCCAGCGCCUCCGUGAUGUUCCCGAACAAGGACUGCUUGGGCACCUUCUCCUCCUCCUCAUCUGCUUUUGCGUAGGCCUUCACUGAUCUGGGACUGGCACUGCUUGGUUUGAAGCAUGGCAUACUCUGGUGAAGCCCAAACGAGGAGCUCUGCGAGGGGGGCAGCACGAGAGCCCUCAUGGCCAUGGUUGGUUUGAUCAGCUGGUUGUUUGGUUCUCCUUCACCACAGGUAGAAGAACUGAAGCUUGGUGAGUGAUCCACAUCUACGGCUUAUAUAUAUAUAUGUAGGGGAAUUUGGCGUGCACAAGUGGCAGUUUUGUGGAGGUUAACACGGCUGCGUGGUGCAAGGCAAGCCUGAUGAAAUGAGAGGGAAGUACCGGCCGCGCGCUGUGUCUGGUCAGGAAUGGUUUAGGCAGCGUGGCUGACUGGCCAGUUCUCAGAGUUGGUGACUGCAGAGGCAGGCGAAUAUGUGGAGGACUGUUCUCCUUAUGAAAAAUAGGCAAGUAUAUAACCUAAGGGGAAAAGUGCUAACUGUUGAAUGACCACUGUAAGUAGAACAUAUCUCAGCUUCUUAAAUUGAGUGACCUAUGUAAUAAAUCGAAUAAUUGAUGGGAACU